AUGAGUCGAUGCUUCCUGACAACCGAGACAAUUCCUUUACGGCUGCGAUCGAGUCAAGGGGGUUCCAGCGUUUCGCCCAAGUCCAAAGCGCCAAGGAAGAGGGAAAAGCUUGGUCAGAAGAAGAACCAGAGUGUCAAGUUGCCAUCAUCCCUGAUGCUCACAUUGCAGGGGCAGCGCCGUAGUGACGAGGACCUAAUAGACACGAUUCGUCGGUUGGCCGAGUCAGCAGCUGCGGCAAACCAGGACGAAGAGAAGGCCACUGCGGGCGCCCUGGUGGAGGACCAGUAUGGUGAAAAUAUAGCAGGCCCACCCAGUUAG